AUGGGGAUACUCUACAAAAUCCGCGUGGCGGUCUGGGGCGUCCCGCCUGCCACGAGAGCGGAAACGAUUCUCCUUCGAAAGAUUGAUUUUUUCGUCCUCUCUUUCGUUUGUUUGAUGUAUUGGGUCAACUACCUCGACCGCGCCAACCUCAACAACGCCUACGUCUCCGGCAUGCGCGAAGACUUGAAUUUCAAAGGCACCCAACUCAAUCAAAUCAACACCAUCUUCUACGGCGGAUACCUCCUGGGUCAAAUCCCCAACAACCUCAUCCUACAGAAAGUUCCCCCGAGGAUUUGGUUGCCGACGACCGUUUUGUGUUGGGGACUGUUGACUCUGGGAACGGGCUUUACGAAUCAUCCGUGGCAGAUUAUGGUCAUUCGCUUUUUUCAGGGAUUCUUUGAGGCGAGCUGUUUUGUGGGCGUGCAUUGGAUUUUGGGGGCUUGGUAUAAACCUGAUGAGAUUGGAAAGCGAACGGCCAUUUUCACCAGCUCGGGACUUGCUGGGACCAUGUUCUCGGGGAUUAUGCAGGGCUCCAUCUUCGAGAGCUUGGAUGGCGUUCAAGGUUUGGCUGGAUGGAGAUGGCUCUUUGUUAUCGACUUUUUAAUCACCUUCCCCGUGGCCAUCUACGGCUUCCUCUUCUUCCCCGACACUCCCAACAGUUCCGUAGCCAAAUAUCUCACCCCGGCGGAAAAAAUCAUGGCAGUCGAGCGUCUUCCCGAAGUCGCCAAGCAACGCGGAACUCUAGGCUGGAGUCUCAUCAAACGUGUAGUCCUUAGCUGGCACUGGUGGGGCUUCGUAAUCCUCUGGAUCGCAGGCUCCAACACAGAAAUGUACUCCACAAACGCCAUAAUGCAACUCUACCUCCGCAGCACCAACGACUACCCCAUAACCCAAGUAAACUACAUCCCGACCUCAGUCUCCGGAAUGGGCAUCCUCGCCACCUUGAUCCUAGGUUGGUAUUCCGAUUCCAGUAACCGCCCGCGCUGGCACGUAGGAAUCCUCUUAUCCUUCACCGCCAUCCUAUCAGGUGCAUUGUUUCUCCAUCCGGAAUUAGGUCGUCCCGCGCGUUUCGCCGCUUUGAUUUUGAAUGGAUGCCAGUUUGCGGGGCAGACGGUUACGUUUGCUUGGGCGAAUGAUUUGAUGCGUGGGGAUGAUGCUAAGAGGGCUGUGGUGCUUGCUAGUAUGAAUUUGUUUAGUGUGGCUGUGUAUUUGUUUUGGAGUCUGUUGUUUUAUAAUACUACGCAGGGACCGGAUUGGGUGGAGGGAUCUUGGGCUAUGAUCGCCAUGGGGAUUUUCCUCUUCUUUGCYACUGUGGCUUGUCGGUUAUUGCAGGUUCGACAGGAGAAGCAUGAGGUGAUUGAGAGGGAGGGAAGGAUUCCUGAAGAGUUGAAAGGGGUGGAUUGA